AUUGUUUUCUGAGUGUAGCUGAUAGCCAUACAGUACAAAUAGUAUAAACCACACACGCACACGUUAAUUUGCCAGUUUUGUACGGUAGGAGUAAAAUAUUCAACGAUGGACAACUUCGAGACACCGUACGAAGAUGAAGCCUCGACUGAGUUUAUUGAAUGUGCGGUCUGCGAAAAAUCCAUAAGAGGUGAUACCUUGUACAAGAUACACUUGACUACACCAGGACAUAUAAAGAAAGAGGAUGCCUUUGUUGCUGCGGGGCUUGGUGUUAGACAACACACUGUACCAGAAUUUGAGGACAUAUUACAAUAUCUGGAAUACCUAAAGCUUGAUGAACCUAUUAUUGGUUUGAAGUUUUUGGAUGAAGUGCCAGAUAACGCUGUUGACCAAAACAUUGGACCCAGAUACACAUGUAGGCUAUGUAAUGUGACUACAAAUCUUCCAGAAAUGGUCCAUCAUGUGAUAGGACGCAAACACAGGCAGAAAUACAUGGAAUUGAAACGGCCAGAUUUGGUGACCUGGGAUAAGCAAUCCAUAAUGACCCAAGGAGGAAAGAUCAUACGUGCCAGAGCAGAGAUAAUAGAGAGACAGGAUGGAAGAGGAUCUCCAACGCCAAUGAAGAAAGCGGGGACUAUGGGCAAAUUAAACAUCUCUAAAGUUCUCCCAAGGCCGAGGCAAAAUAGGGAUCGAAAUAUCCCACAGAGUAUGACCCAACCUCCAGGACCCAUGAACUAUCAAGAAGAGUUCUCUCAUCGAGAGAGGAGGUUUUCCCCAGGUUUCCAAAAUACAGCCCCAUUCCAUCCAGACGACCCUUACACUUUGAACACAGACUGCACAGAAGAGGAACUGCAGAGAGCAGAUUACAGAGAAAGCAAUAUGUACAGACGAGAGAAUAUGGACAGUGAUUAUCGUAGGGAGUAUGAAGAUGAGUAUGUUGAAGAUCCACUAACAGCUGCACUCAAGCCAAGUGGUGUUCACAAUUAUGAUUCAAGGGAGGAGAUGCACCAUGGCCCAGAGUAUUACCCCGAAGGGGCUCCUCCUUUCAGAAGGCCAUAUCCAGAAAAAGAUCAGUUGAAGGAGUUCUACACUGAGGAAGUGAGGCGUGGGAGAUAUCAAUCUGCUGAGUAUCAGCCCUCAAAGCCGGUGUAUCCAGAAGACAAUAAACGCCAGUGGUCUCUGGACAGGGAAUCUGGUAGACAUGAAAGCAGGAAUAGAGCAGGAAGGCAGGGAUCUAGUGAAUCAGAGGCCAAGAGGAGGAGCUUUCCUGCACUCAUGGAAGGUGACCAGACACAUUUUAUUAGAGAUUAUGGGCAUAAAGUAAGAGAACCUUAUGAAGAGGAGCCAUUUUCCAAUGCUGGGCCUAGCAGAACAGGACCCUUCCAGAGACCAAUGGAAGUUACCAGGUCCACAUCUGACAUCCCAGAGCCAUUUAGGAACUUCCUGAAAGGGACUGUUGGUGAUGAAGGACACUGUAAAAGAAAAAGAAAGAGUCGCUUCUCUGAUGCCACUGCAGAGGAACUGGAGAAUGCUAACGAGAUGUUCCGUGAUGACUAUAGACCUCCAAAUCCAAAGUUUGGCGGUCAUUCUAGAUCAGGUGGUGUACUUUUUGAACCUGAAGUCCAUAGAACACAACAUCCUGACCUCUACACAGAAUCUCAGAACCCAUAUGAUACUGACAGCUACCAAAGAGCAGGCCCUGACUCGGGAAGGGUCCUUGAUAUGCUGAACAACAUUGAAAUUGAGAAUGCAGAAGAGGCAGAGUUCCUUAAGGACAAACUUUGCACUCUUCUGAAAGAAUUCAAGGCCAAAAAAUCUGAGAAGACUGUGCAAAAUAGCCACGGUCGUGGAGGCAUGCCACGACAUCAGUAUGAGAGAUCCUUCAGAGGAGAUUCGGACAUCAGACAGUCAGAAGAUCACAGAAGAAGAGGCCGGGAGCAGCACCAGCACAAUCCUGAUGAGCGGCACCAAGAAUACGACCAUCCUGUACGCGAGGAACCCAGACACUCAAACAGACGGCGCUAUGAAGAAGUUUUUGGGAUGUCUGAGAUGUAUCCGACACCACAUGCUACGCAUCCUGAUGAGCCAGCACAUCAUCCUGAAAGGUUUCAAGAUCACAUGCAGCAUCGUGACUACCGCCCUGCCGCUGAGGAGUUUUUUGAAUCCCACUCCUCUGCACCUCCCCUCCACAUGGAGCGAGGGCCCAGGAUGCACAGAGGGCCUCAGUACUCCAACAGCCUGGACAAAAUAACCUCCACCCUCCUGGAACUGGUGGCCAGGAAAUAAUCAUGAGAUUUUCAUGUUCUGUACAGUCAAGUUCAAGCCUUAAAUGUUCACACUUUUAAUACAAUAUUGGGUUUGAAAACACAAUUUGAUGUUAAAUUUCCUUCUCAUUGUUUAUUUUUUAGAUUAGUUGCUGUAGAUAUUUGUGAAGAACUGAAUUCUUAAAAAUGUGUUUUUAUUAAAACAUCAAAAAAUG